ACGUUUUGUCCUUUUGAUUCCGUCACUUGGAGACGCAACCCCGAAAAAAAGAGAGUAAAAUCGAGACGAGAGUCGAGAGUCGCCGGAGCCCUCGCAUCCCGCAAGGCUGCGACUGCCCUCUUGCACCCUUCACCUCAGAUCCUCCCAGGCUUCUCUUGCUCCGCCGUACCAGCGACGACCAGAAGAGUCCCCGGAGCAGCGACAAGCCAGAUGGAGUGAGUCGCAGGAGGGAAAUUUUUGCUUCUUCAGUUGUUCGGCUCGACUUCUUCCUUAUCUGCUACCGUGGUGGGUCCACGCACAACAAAUAUCAAAACCCUAAAUCCAUCAACAAAUGCCAGUCUUUAAAAUCCCAUUUAACGGCUAUGCCGUCAAGUUCAGCCCAUUCUAUGAAUCCCGCCUUGCCGUUGCUACUGCCCAGAACUUUGGCAUCCUUGGCAAUGGCCGUGUCCAUGUCCUCAAUCUCACCCCUUCCAUCUCUGAGCUAGCUGUCUUUGACACUGCUGAUGGUGUCUAUGAUGUUGCCUGGUCUGAGUCCCAUGAUUCUCUCCUUGUUGCUGCUGCUGCCGAUGGCUCGGUCAAGCUCUUUGACCUCUCCCUCCCUCCCACCGCCAACCCCAUACGCUCCUUCCAAGAGCACUCCCGUGAGGUUCACUCUGUCGACUACAACCCUGUUCGCCGUGAUUCCUUUCUCAGCUCCUCCUGGGAUGACACUGUCAAGCUCUGGACCCUUGACCGUCCUGCCAGUGUUCGUACCUUCAAAGAGCAUGCUUACUGUGUCUACUCAUCAGUGUGGAACCCCCGCCAUGGUGAUGUCUUUGCCUCUGCCUCCGGUGACUGUACUGUGCGUGUCUGGGAUGUGCGAGAGCCUGGGUCUACAAUGAUUCUCCCAGCACAUGAGUUUGAGAUUCUCUCUUGUGAUUGGAAUAAGUAUGAUGAAUGUGUUCUAGCCACCGCUUCAGUUGAUAAGUCGAUAAAGGUGUGGGAUGUGAGGAGCUUUAGGGUUCCUGUGACGGUGCUUCAUGGGCAUGGGUAUGCUGUCAGGAAGGUGAAGUUCUCUCCACACCGGCAGAAUUUGAUUAUUUCAAGCUCAUAUGAUAUGACUGUUUGUUUGUGGGAUUACAUGGUGGAGGAUGCUCUUGUGGGGAAGUAUGAUCACCACACAGAGUUUGCUGUUGGGGUAGACAUGAGCGUGCUUGUCGAGGGGCUUAUUGCAAGCACUGGAUGGGAUGAGCUUGUUUGUGUUUGGCAGCAUGGAACGGACCCAAGAGCACCUUAAAAGGCAUUUAAAACUGAUGGUAAAGUGGCGUGGCAAGUUGUGCAACAGCGCAAGUGAUCAAUGUGAUACUUGUUGGGCUUUAUUACUGGGUAAGUUGUCAUUGUUGUUCAUUUGUAAUUCAACUUUUAUUUUGUUGAUGAUGUCGAUUAACGGUUUACCAAAUAAUCCCUUGUAUACUACUGUAAUAAAAUGGCAUUCUACUGAAAGUUGAAAAUCCCCUGCUGUUGGACAAUUUGAUUAAAGAAAUGCACGGAUGUCAUCCUGUAGUCUUCA